UGUAUUGCGUAGUUCCGUGCCCUUUAAAAAAGUGAAAUAUUUGCUUAUUCAUUUUUUAUUGCAUUUUUGAUCAAAUUAAAGGAUUUCACGUUAAUUAUAGUCGGUAAAAAUGUGGAUAACUAUUAAGAAUUUACAGCAACAAACAAUAAAAGUUGAAUUUGACGAAUCGCUAACGGUUCAAAAGCUUAAGGAAAAAAUAGAACUUGAAUUGGGAAAAGAUUAUCCAGCAUCACAACAAAAAUUAAUUUAUGCAGGAUGUAUUCUCGAUGAUGAUAAAAUUUUAGCAUCAUAUAAUGUUGACGAGAAGAAAUUUAUUGUAGUAAUGGUGAAGAAAGGAGGCGCAGCAGUAGCCAGUUCGACAGCAUCAUCAGCAGUACAGCCAAAAGAAAAGGAGAAGGAAGAGCCUGCAAAAUCAAGCGAAAAAACAACUCCAACAACGACUGAAACUAAAGAUGACAUUCAGAAAUCAUCAUCAACGAAUAUUACCUCAUCUCCAGCAAAAACAGCAACAGCUACUGAACAGCCAGUUGCAGUCAAAGAAAACACAUCAUCGACAUCUUCUCCAUCGGGAGCUGUUGCACAGAUUGCUCUCGCAGAAUCUAAUUUAGUAAUGGGCGAGAGUUACAAUACAAUGGUUAAAAAUAUUAUGGAGAUGGGAUAUGAUCGUGAAUCUGUCGUUCGAGCUCUAAAUGCUUCGUUUAAUAAUCCUGAAAGAGCUGUAGAAUAUCUAAUUACUGGCAUACCAGAAACAGCUAUUCAAGAUCGUCCAAGUGCUAGUAGUGGAUCAGGGGCUGAACAAGGUGGUGCUGUUGCUGAAAGAACCGCUGGUCUUCAACCAAGUGAAAUUCGAGCAUCAAGAGGCGGUGGAAAUAGUGAAAGUCCACUUGCAUUCCUCAGAAAUCAGGCACAAUUCCAACAAAUGAGAAAUGUCAUACAACAAAAUCCUGAAAUGCUUAAUGCUGUUCUUCAACAAAUUGGACAAACAAAUCCAGCACUUUUGCAACUUAUUUCUGAAAAUCAAGAAGCUUUCGUUAACAUGCUUAAUGAAUCAGAUGACGGACGUCAAGCACCAAUUGGUGGAAAUGACGAUGACGAGGGACUCGCAAGCUUUGGUUUGGUAGCACCCGAAUUUUCCCAACAGGAUCGUGAUGCCAUUGAAAGAUUGAAAGCUCUAGGCUUCCCCGAAGAUCUCGUAUUGCAGGCUUAUAUUGCAUGUGAGAAAAAUGAGAAUUUGGCUGCAAACUUCCUGCUUUCACAGGGCUUUGAUGAUUAGAUAUGCGACAUUGCGCUUUCAAUUUAUUUAAAAGAAAAAAAUAUUAAAAUAACGAAAAAACACCAAACUCAUUACGUUCUAUCUGAAUUAGUUCAGAACUGUUACUUUAAUUAAUUUAAAACAAACAAAAAAAAAGGUAUUCAUGAUAAUGAUGAUUUUUUUUUAUUAUUUCGAAAGCUUCUUUUGUCAUAUUCUUCUUUUUAUAUGUUUUUGUUGAGAUGAACUUAUUUGGAAGGAAAAAAAAAUUUGAAAAUCUUUUAAACAAUACCCUAAAUAAUGUAAUUCAAGAAUAAACUUUGUUUUAAUUUUUAAAAAAUAGCCUCCCACAGUUUUAUCAUUUUUGGUGAUUCACGGUGUAUCUUUUCACAAAAAGUGUAAAUAAAGCAUAAACUUCA